CCCACGCACCUUCCUCGUACCCUGCGCCAGGCAGACGCGCGCACCUCAAAGCCAGCUUCUCUAGUUCCACAUUCACUCACAACUCCGACUCUCACCCCCCCCCACUACUUGUCCGACACCGUGCAUUUGCGAAUCAUCAUGGCUAGCACUAUCGAGCUGCCCAAACAACUCUGGCUUGAUGUUGUGUCUUAUCUUGACUACUCUGAACUCAAGAUGUGCAUGGCUGUGAGCAAGACCUUCAAGUCCCACACCGAGAACCCUGAUUGCCAGAAGACAAUGUUUCGCUCCAAGGCCGUCGUUCCGGACGGAGGAACUAUCAACCUGGACGAUGUCCGCCUCCAUCCAGCCUUCGAAAGCAUGUCAUACGAGUGUGCUACCAAGAUCGAGCACGUGUACUUCUGGACCGCCGACGGCGAUGGAGAAACAGCCCUCACUGACACUUGCGCUGCCGAAGAACACGCUACCGACCCUCCAGUCGCUUUCCUCCGCCUCCAGGUCACCAACUGGCCCGCAGUUCAGUGCACCAACAAGACGGGCGUUACAGUCGUGCAGGUCAUGAAGAGCCUCUGUCGCUUCUUUUCCAAGGACGAUCACCGUGAUUCGAGAGGCGAUCACACUGGAUGGACUGGCUGGGACGAGACGACUCUCGAUCGCAAAGGUCGUCUUCUUCUUCGCGUCGAUUGGUUCGACUCUUGAUUGGCCCAAAAAGUCUCCAUGCUGUUUCGACUGAGCUUUGCUCCAACACCUUUUUGGUGGUCAUGGAUUAGAUUGUGCAUCAAGUCGUGCAUAGCUUUACGCGUUUGCAUGUGACGAGUGACAAGCA